AUUUCAUGGGUCGUUUUCUGAACGUUCAUAACAAUAACAGAAUUUACAGAUAUGGAGAGAAAGAGUGCUUGUGAAAUAUGCAAGAAAGAUGAAGUGAAGUACACAUGUCCCCGGUGUAAUAUCAGAUACUGUGGACUGACGUGUUACAGGGAUGACCUACACAGGGAUUGCUCCGAGGCUUUCUACAAAGACUGCUGUAUGGAAGCCUUAGAGAAUCAGGAUGUCAGCACUGAAAAAAAACAGAAAAUGUUGGAAAUGCUGGACAGAUUAGAAAAAGAAGAGGUAGACAAUGAACUGGAGAAAGAGGAAUGUGACGAACUCUCGCAGCGCCUGACUGGACUUGAUUUAGAUACAGACACUGACCUCAUCUGGAACAGACUCACUGAGCAAGAAAAGGCUCAGUUCAAUAAAAUGGUCAAGGAUGGUCAUCUUGCUGACCUUGUGGAAAUUUGGACUCCAUGGUGGAAUGUCAAGGAGAAGAUUAGUGAAGUAGACAGUGUGAAGGAAAACCAGGCUCCAGCAGUGAUUCAGAAAAUACCAGACAUCUCUAAACUUUUAACGAAAUCUAAGCCAUCAGCUGAUAUCAGGAACAACAUAGUUAAUGUCCUGUAUGCCUAUGUGUUUGUCUGUCACCUGUAUAACGGAACUCACUGGGACUGUCCACAGGAAGCUGCUCUCAAGCUUGUGAAUGCCAGUGAUGUGCUGGCCAAUAACUCUGUCUGUAGCAGUCCUAGUGAAGCAGUACAACUCUGUAUGGCUAAUAGGGAAUAUCAGCAAUCUCAGGAUUUUUUGGUCGGUGUGGUGGACGAUGUUGUCAAGAUUCUUCAAGGACCAGGAGGAGGAGGAGAGGAUCAAAGAUUUGUCCUGGCGGCUCUGUCAGAUAUCUUAAAGCUGUUAAAGAAAUGUCACAGUCAGUACAAGAAAGACAUCAAGCUUUCCAAGGCUGCCUCCUCAGAUACUGAGGAGGAGAAACAGUUACUGUACCGGGCAAUAAAAAAGACCGAGUUCUUCCUGGGCUGGUGUCAGAAAUGUGGAAUGGUUCUUCUGUCCAUCUUACCAGAGCUCAGGCUAGAAUACAGCCGACUCACUGAGGAGUUGGAAGAAACCAAUCAGGUCAAAGAGAGCAUCAAGAGGAACCUGACAGAGUUACGUCCCCCUGCAACAGGAAGUAAACUGAUAGAGGAGCUGACAUAGAAACCAGACUGAAAUGGCAAAACAUUGGAAGCACCUAGGAAAACUUCUGUACUUUAUCCCAGAUGUGAAAAAAAUUCCAGUGGGUGUUCAGUUUAUGAAAAAUGGCUAUAGGUACCUGUUCACUUCACAUUCAAGUCAAAGAAGAUAAUGAAAGAAUAGAAUGUUAUUUAACUUUGUAAUGCAAUAUGUUGAAUUUAAAAUUCUUGUACAAAGCACUGUUAAUAAAAAAACUAGCAGAUGAUUAUUUGUUACAGCCAGAAAGUAUGAUCAGAACUCAUGAUUCAUGUAUGUUUUAUGUUUUGUCUUUUAACAUUUUCUUGUCUCUCUUCUAAUAUUCUCUGUGCAAAAUUAGAAAGAGACACAUUAUGAAAAUAAAAUAUAGUCAAUUUA